AUGGAGGAGGUGCAGAUUGUUGCCACCGAGAUGCCCGCAGACUUUUGCCGCCGACCGCUGAGUGACCUAGAGGUGCAGACUUUUGCCACCGAGGUGCGUACCGUGCCAGCCAUGGAGGUGUGCCCUGCCGAGCUGCUGACCCUAGAGGUGCAGGUUUAUUGCCACCAAGAUGCCCGCCCCAGAGGUGCAGAUUUCAGUGGAGGUGCAGUUAUCUGCCGCCGAGGCGCAGAAAAAUUUGCCGCGGAGGUGCCCACCAUGGAGGUGCAGUUUUUUUUGCCGCCGAGGUGCACCCCUCAGGUACCGGUAGGUACCGGUAGAGACCCGUAA